CACUCGGGCACUAGCAUUUAUGUCGUCUACUGCCUGGCAGGGUUGGCUUUCUUCACAAGUGUAGUUGUGAGCCUUGCUUAGGUGAAGGAAAUGCUGUCCUUGUGGAGAUUUAUUGGUCUGAUGAAUCUUCAGGACAUGAUGGGCUUGAUGUGCCUGAUUUCCUGUCCUCAGCGUGGGAGUGUGUGGCUCAUGCAAGCUGUUUCGUUUAAUCCUCUUUAGAGUCCCUGGAGAGAAAUCUCUCCGAUCCCCUGAGGUUGAAGUUCAGUUUUCUGUAAACCUUGCAGGGAAGGGGAAGGCAGAGGAUAGUAAGAGGCCAGGAGAAGGAACCAGAGGAUCUUUCCUGCUAAAUAGGAGCCGCAGAUGAAGCCAGGGACAUGUGCACUUCCACGCUGAAUCCUGAAGGGUGCUGCGAGCACGGAAAGCGCCCCGAUUGCUGUGUACUUCCUUGCCAGUAGUAAACAUGGCAACUCGGCUCCCUGAUUCCCUUCAAGUUAACCUAAAGUGGCCAAUAGUCAACAUGGCCGCGCGAACGUGUAUUCCCAUUUGCCACAGCCGUGAAGCCCCGCCCCUCUGAGCGUCCGAUUGAAUAGCGGAGCGGAGUAUUGCGGCUCGCGACCGAGCUGCGCCUGCGCAAGUCAUUGGCGCCAAGAUGGCGAUGGAGAUGAGGCUCCCUGUAGCUCGCAAGCCCCUCAGUGAGAGCCUUGGUCGCGAUACUAAGAAACACCUGGUGGUGCCGGGGGACACGAUCACCACGGACACGGGCUUCAUGCGGGGCCAUGGAACAUAUAUGGGAGAAGAGAAACUUAUUGCAUCUGUGGCUGGCUCUGUGGAGAGAGUAAACAAGUUGAUCUGUGUGAAAGCUCUGAACACCAGGUAUAAUGGUGAAGUAGGAGACAUUGUAGUGGGGAGAAUCACAGAGGUUCAACAGAAGAGGUGGAAGGUGGAGACCAACUCCAGGCUGGAUUCAGUUUUGCUUCUCUCAUCCAUGAAUCUUCCUGGAGGAGAGCUGAGGAGAAGAUCUGCAGAAGAUGAGCUUGCAAUGAGAGGUUUCUUGCAGGAAGGGGAUCUUAUCAGUGCUGAGGUGCAGGCAGUGUUCUCUGAUGGAGCUGUCUCUCUGCAUACGAGGAGCCUGAAAUAUGGAAAGCUAGGUCAGGGUGUUUUGGUCCAGGUUUCCCCCUCCCUGGUGAAACGGCAGAAGACUCACUUCCAUGACUUGCCGUGUGGUGCCUCAGUGAUUCUGGGUAACAAUGGCUUCAUCUGGAUCUACCCAACCCCUGAGCACAAGGAUGAGGACGCAGGGGGCUUCACUGCAAACCUGGAGCCUGUCUGCCUUGCUGAUCGAGAGGUGAUAUCACGGCUCCGGAACUGCAUUGUCUCCUUGGUAACUCAGAGGAUGAUGCUGUAUGACACCAGUAUCCUGUAUUGCUAUGAAGCAUCCCUUUCGCAUCAGAUCAAAGACAUCUUAAAGCCAGAAGUCAUGGAGGAGAUUGUGCUGGAAACACGCCAGAGGCUUUUAGAACAGGAAGGAUGAGGAGAGGCUCUUGAAGGUGGGCCAAGUCACUGUGAGGUCCCCACAUGUGGCCCAGGGAGGAUCCACAGACUCGUUACUCAUCUGCAUUGCAGUUGAGGGGCUGGAGAGCUCCUGAGCUUGCUCUCUCUUGUUAUGAGACAGCCUGGCGGGAACUGAACAUUGCUGGACAGGCCAGGUCCCAGUGCAAAGAGGUAGUUUCAGGUCUUUUAUCCUGUUGAGGCGAAUGGCUCCUGGAACAAUUGGGUGAAUCCUUUGUCUUCCACUCACCAUCAUUCACAAGGCACGAAGCCCCCUGAAAUUACCCCAUUAGAAAACACAGCAUCCCUGACCCCUAAGUAGUGUGUUCUGGUCUCCACUCCACCUUUGAAGUUCAAGUGUUUGGUGAAGAAUACAGUGGUGAAGUGAGGCCCAUGGUCAGGGAAGAAUAAAGUUCACCCAGCCACCUUUUGCUUAGCCAGAAUCUCAUUUCCCACUAUAUGUUCCUUCCACUGAGAGGUGAGGAGUUGACACCAGGUCUCUUACUUAACCUGUCCUGCCUUUGAGGGGGGUUUAUAAGAAGUUAUUACCAAUAAUAGAAUGAAUGUUCUGGGCCCAUCUUACUUUUGGGUGCUCUGAUAAACAUGAAAAGUAAGUGAGGAAAAUGGAGAUUGGAAAAGCAAAGCUGUUUUCCUCCUAUAACUGAAGUAGUGACACAUUCAUUUUUGAAUAAUUUACCGUUAAAAAAUAAAAACCAGAUAGUGAAGUUCUCACUGAGGAAUAUUAGAA